ACCAGGUUGACUUCCUGCAGUUAGUCCUUCAAGCCGCCGGGUGGCGCUGUGCGGAAGUAGGACAGGAAGUAGGGCAGCGUGGUAGUUAGCAAGAUGUCGGCGCAGUGAAGGCUAGCAACAUUAGCACAAGGAGCAUCAGUACGAGGCUCGCCACAUCCAGCAAGAUGUCGAAGAUCUCCAGGUCAGCCAAGGCUGUGAAGAAGGUGGAUACAACCAGCGUGAUCCGGGCUAUAGUGAGGUCAGGACAAGCGGCCCCUGGCCCCCCGCUGGGCCCCAUCCUCGGACAGAGAGGAAUCCCCAUCGGGCAGUUCUGCAAGGACUUCAAUGAGAAGACCAAGGAGCUGAAGGAGGGCAUCCCUCUUCCCAUCAGGAUCAACGUAAAGCCUGAUCGGACCUACGACCUUCAUAUUGGCAAGCCCACAGUAUCCUACUUUCUCAAGCAAGCAGCGGGCAUCGCCAAAGGUGCUGCAAAGACAGGCCACGAGACCGCAGGGAUGGUGACGCUGCGGGCGGUGUAUGAAAUCGCCCAGAUCAAAUCCCAGGACGACUGCUUCGAAAUAAGGAACACCUCGAUGGAGAACGUGGUCAAGAGCAUCAUUGGGUCGGCCAAGUCCCUGGGCAUCAAGAUCGUGAAAGACCUGUCAGCAGACGAGUACAAAGUGUUCCUGGAGCAAAGGGAGGAGAAACUGCAAGCCGACGCGGCGGCGGCGGCAGCUGAGGCGGCGGCUGAAGCUACUGCGGCCAGCAAGAAGAGAUCAACUCUCUGAAUUGUGCUGCAGGACAUGCUGUGGGACUCUUCCACGGAACAUUGCUGACACCCAGUGGUGACAUAAAGUACUGCGCCUGCUGGGCCUGUGCUCUUUUACGUCCCUGUACCACGUGACCCUUCUUUCUUAUUUACAAUCAUUGUAUACAUGCUUUGUGAUCUGUAUGCUUCAUGAUAUGUAUGCUUCACAAUCUGUAUGCUUUAUAAUCUGUGUGCCAGCACUGAAUAAACAGUCCAACACUU